AUGGAGGCCGCGGCCUGUGCAGCCCCAGACGGGGCCCAGGCAUCACCGCGCGAGGACGACGAGAGCCGAGACGCGGACGAGCCGGCGGCGGCGGCGGCCGCGGCCCCUCCUGCCGCCCGCCUGCCCACCCUCCUGCCGCCGACACUCGAGGACCCGCCCCCUCCACCCGCGGCCGCCAGCGGGCCGCUCGUGCGCGCGCACACGAGCCCCCUCGCCACCCGCCCGCCCCGCCCUAGCCGCAGCCAACGCGCAUGCUCACUCCCGCGACCCGCCGCCCUCCGACAGCCGGCCGGCCCCGAAGCCCUCCUCCUCCUCCCCCUCCCCCCGCCCCCUUCAACUUCUCGCGCGCGCGAGCUCGGGUGGCUCGCGGGGCCGCGCAUCGGCCCCGCAGUGGGGCAGGGGGAAGCGCGGUCUACGUCACUAGCGCCACCGCCGGCACUCGCUGCUGAUUGGACGCUCCGAGGGAACCGCCUCCACCCUCCCUCCCUCCCUCCGCCUCCCGCCCCGCCCUCCAGCCGCGGGCGCGCGCCCUGGGAGAAUCCCCCGCCCCGCGGUACCCGGAGCGCUAGGCCUGGGGCUGCGGCUCGGACCCAACGCGGCGGGGAGCUCAGUGUCCAGCUCCCACAGGGCACCCUGAAUGUUAGUAACUGCACUGGCUGAAGACUUCAUGUGUAUAAAACCUCAAGUCAAGAGACAUUUUUUAGUUGGCCUGUGUUUUGUCUGUUUGAUGUCACAACACAGGAGUAAAGGGAAAAUUUUGUAUCACACAUGGACAUCACCAGAUGGUCAACACCGAAAUCAGAUUGAUUAUAUUCUUUGCAGCCAAACAUGGAGAAGCUUUAUACAGUCAGCAAAAACAAGACCGGGAGCUGACUGUGGCUCAGAUC